GCAGCAGCCAGCCCCAGUGGACGUGCACCAGCCUCGGUCUAGGGAUUUCUGUGCGCAUUAACUGGAUGAGACGCCUGGGACGCGCGUCUACCUGUUUGCGUUGAACUGGAUACUGUGGUGCCACCUCACGCAUCCGCACACUCCAGACUCGUGGUGAUUUAUUUCCUCUUAGGAGCGAGCUGCUGCGUAAUGAACAGCGCACCCGAGGGAAGAACCAUCACCAAACUUUAAAGGAGACUUUGCAACUUUGGCAGUAGUGCGCAGCUCACCAUUUGACAGGAGCGCGGAUCUUUUCUCUGGGAAACUUUAAAACAGAAGACUCUUUUUUUCUGAAAACAUGUUCAGCAAGUGUUCCGUUGUCUUAUUGAACGUCCUCUUUCUAGUGCGGGCGCUCUCGGCUCACGAGUGCACGCCAUGUAACCUUCGGACCUGUCCGGUGAAAGCCGCCCACGGGUGCGAGGGUGGCCGGACCUUGGCCCGGGAUCCGUGCGGAUGCUGCGACCAGUGCGCCCGCCUGGAGUGGGAGCCCUGCGGCGGACAGGACUGGGCGCACGGCUACUGCGCCCUGGGGCUGACGUGCGCCUCCACCAACAGAUCCGGAGCGGCCACUAUCCCUGAGAUUGGAGUGUGUAAAGUGCUCCCCGACCAUCCAGAGGCAGGCCUUGAGGACGAGCGCUGUCCCCUGAUGACAGGCUGCGACAAGGCUGGAGGACAGUGCGUGUGUGAUACCCGUCACUCCUGCUUGGGCUCUUUCAUGUACGCAGACCAAGAAACCUGCAUGAAGGCCAGUAAGUCAGAGGGUCGGAGGCACGAACACCGGGAGAGACACAGAGAGAAGUAUGUGGGACCAUCCAACCCGGCCUGCAUGUUCUCUGGGUGUAACCUGACCGCCGAGGGCUGUGUGUGCGAGUCUCAGAGCUGCCACCACCACUUCGCCUACAUCAACCGCAGCCAGUGCCAGGAAGCCGCAGAGGAGCUGAGGUGUGCCGGGGUGACAUGUCCCGCUCUGCAGGUGCCCUCCUGCCCCCACGGAUCAGUCCUGACAAAGAGCUACACACCCCCUGCUGGCUGCUGUCCCUCUAUUCCUCCCCAGUGCACCUGUGACCUCCGUGCCUGCCACAAGCCUCAGUGCCAGGGCGGACAGCGAGCCGUGUUGCUCAGCCAGGCCAGCGGCCUGCCGGGAGACUGCUGUGACGUGUUUGRGUGCCAGAAAGUCACCCCAAAGUGCAUCCACAAUGGGAAGGAGUUCUCAGAGGGAGAGGUGUACCGCAUGGACCCCUGCUGGCUGUGUCAGUGCCGAGGAGGAAUCUCCUUCUGCUCUAAGGCAGAGUGCGCUGAGCUGGACUGUGAAAACUUCUACAUUCCUGAGGGCGAAUGUUGCCCUGUCUGCAUAGAUGUGGAGCUGCUGUCGUUGGACAGCACUAAGGCCAGCUGCUGGGUGAAUAAUAAGCUGCGAGCGCACGAGGAGCAGUGGAAAGAGGACGACUGCACCUUCUGCCAAUGUGUGGAUGGAGACCCGCACUGCACGGCCAUGGCCUGCAAACAGAGCUGCCAAAACCCUGUCAAGAUCCCCGGAGAGUGCUGCCCAUUCUGUGAAGAGCCUUCUUAUGAAACCGUCAGCCCCCUGCUGUGUCCUCCCCUGGAAAACUGCUCCCUGUCAGGACACGACUGUCCAUACGGCUUCCAGCAAGACAAUAAUGGAUGUCUCCUCUGCCAGUGUCUCAGCAAUGACUCCUGCCCCGAACUGGGAAGAUACUGUUCCCUGCAAUGCCCGAUGGGAUACCAGAGGGACGAUUUUGGCUGUGAGGUGUGUGAGUGCAGCAUCCCCAUGCCCAAGUGCCGACCCCUGACCUGCACUAAGACCUGCCCUUAUGGAUAUGUGAGGAACAAGCACGGCUGUGAGAUGUGCCGCUGCGUCAAGUGUCCCCCCUUCACCUGUGACAAACACUGCAGCGAUGGCUAUCGACAGAACCGGAAGGGCUGCUCCAUCUGCAUGUGCAAAGAAAGUAGCCACAUCCCAAGCACCACUGCCCUGGCCCCGAUGCCCAGCUACUGCCUCACCUCCAACGGGCACCGAUACGAGGAGGGCGACGGCUGGCACGACGGCUGCCGCGACUGCUACUGCCACUCUGGACGGGAGAUGUGCGUGCUCAUUUCCUGUACCGUACCAAGCUGUGCUCACCCAGUGGUCAGGCUUGACCAGUGUUGUCCUACGUGUGAGGAUGAGUCAGGCAGCGGUCAGCCAGAGGGGAUGGACAUGGUGGUGUGCAGAGCCCCCGGGGGGGAGUUCUAUGUGGAGGGGGAGACCUGGAACCUGGACGAGUGCACACGCUGCACCUGUAGGAAGGGACGCGUCCUGUGCGACACAGAAGUGUGUCCCCCAGCUCUGUGCCAGACUCCCACCAGGAACAAGGACACCUGUUGCCACGUUUGCCCAGAGGAGACGUUGAGCCCCUUGCUGCCGGUGAACAACAGCCAGCAGGAGUACUGCAUAACCAGUGACGGGGACGUGCUGCUGGCUGGAGACUCCUGGAAGGCGAACGCCUGCACCAGCUGCACCUGCAACAACGGCACCAUUCAGUGUUUCUCUCAGCGCUGCCCCGCUGCCAACUGCAGGGUGCCCGUCUUACGCAAGGGCCAGUGCUGCCCACACUGUCUCGAAAUCACAACAUCAGUGCCGGUGGUGGUUUCCACCAGCGUCGGCAAGAAGACGGUCACGACGGUGGAGACCGCGGUGUGGAUCACAACUGUCACUGUGCCGUCCAUCAUCCCCGAUACAGAUGAACCAGGAUUGGGUGAGAACUACCCCAGCCAAACAGAGAUGGCCCUCAUCUACCAAUCAGCUGCCUGGAUCCUAGCGGGGCUCCUCCUAGCCAUCAUCAUCUUCCUCAUCGUGGCGUUACUGAUCAACAAGAAGAAGAAGUGGGUGCAGAUGUCCUGCUACAGCGCACCAAAGAAG